AAAGGCAAACGGCAAGGCCGCCCACAAGACUUCAAACUCUCUUGGAAAAUCAGCCCAAAUAGGCUUUCUGCGUUUGGUUCUUUCUUUGUAUUAUAAUACAUUCUCCUCUUAUCUUCACUCCAACCUCUUCAAAACCAAUCACAGAAAAAAAACCAAUAUAUGUUUCUGGAAAAACCUCCUAUCUUACUCCCACUGAAAAACCAGCCUCUCUGAAUUAUUCCAUUGCAAAACCCAUCUCAUUUUCAAUCUCUCAUCUUCUUCUGAAAUGCCCACUUCAUAUAUUUACAACAAUUUCAUGAAGAGAUCCAAUUCCAGUUCAUUCGGAGGGAAUCAAUGCUCAAAAUCUAUCAUUUGAACAAAGCAGUCUCCCUUUCAGCUCCAUCUUAUUAUAAAAGACCCACUUCAUAUCUUUAUUGCAACUUCAUCUUUAGAUUCAAUUCCAAUAGAAUGGAAACAAUCCAUAUCUGGGUCCUCUCUAUUUCUUUCAUUCUCCUUCUCCCCAUAUCGAAUUCAGUUGAUGAGGAAGUAAAGCAGACCCUCCUCACCUUUUUUCAGCGUCUCUCCAAUGGCAACCAUUCAGCUGCUCCCAGCUUCGGUUGGAACUCUACCUCUGAUCCAUGCGACGAUCGCUGGAAAGGUAUCACUUGCGAUCCCCGAUCUUCUUUCAUUAAGAAACUAGCGCUCGAGGGCCUAGGCCUCAGAGGGACUCUGGAUGUCAGAUCCAUCUGCACCAUCCAAUCUCUUGGUGUCUUGAGUGUUCAAAACAAUUUCAUCCAUGGAGAGCUUCAGCCAGAUAUUGAAAACUGUCAGCAACUGACCCACCUCUAUAUCAACCAAAACCAAUUUUCAGGGCACCUCCCCGACACUCUGCCAGGCUUGAAUAAUUUGAAGAGGCUCUUUAUUUAUGAAAAUAACUUCUCAGGUGAGUUGCCGGAUUUACCCAAGAUCUCGGGCCUGGUAUCGUUUCUUGCUCAAUACAAUCAUCUCACUGGGAAAAUUCCAACAUUCGAUUUCUCCAACCUUCAGGACUUCAAUGUCUCCUUCAACAAUUUCAGCGGUCCGAUUCCCAAACUGCCCAGUCGUUUCGAUGAUAGCAGCUUUUUGGGGAAUCCUGAAUUGUGUGGAAAGCCGACUUCCAAGCAAUGUCCAAAUUCAAACCUUCCGGCACGACAACAGGUUCUCAUGUUCAUAGGCUAUAUUAUUCUAGGACUGGCUGUUGUCGUUUUCUUUAUUCUCUCCCUCAUCAAGGGAAAGAAGACACCUGACUACAAGAUGGUGGAUUCUGAAAAGAAGGGAGCCAUGGAAGUAGACAUCAAAGCCAGCACCGAUUCUCUCUACUAUAAAACGGAGGCAAGUAAAUCUGAGUACUCGAUCCCGAUGUCGAACGAAAGUACUAUGGUGUCGAUGUCGAUGAUCAUCCCCAAGAAUUCAGCAAUGAAGGACUUGAGGUUCGAAGACCUGCUAAAGGCUCCUGCAGAGCUGCUUGGAAGAGGGGCAUAUAGUAGCCUCUACAAGGUGAUAUUCGAAGACGGUGUGGCAUUGGCUGUGAAGAGGAUUAAAGAUUGGGAUAUUUCAAGUGAAGAAUUCAAGAGGAGGAUGGAGAAGAUAGACCAAGUGAAGCAUCCAAAUAUAUUGCCUCUCUUGGCCUUUUACUGCUCAAAGCAAGAGAAGCUUGUGGUGUAUGGAUAUCAACGGAAUGGGAGUCUCUUCAAACUCCUCCAUGGAACCCAAGGUGGCCAAAUAUUCGACUGGGGUAGCAGACUAGACGUUGCAGCUUCUGUUGCCGAGGGCUUAGCCUUCAUGCACAAAGAGCUCUACGUCAAUGGUAUUGCUCAUGGCAACCUAAAAUCUUCCAACAUAUUGAUGAACAAGAACAUGGAUCCAUGUAUCAGUGAGUAUGGCCUCAUGGAGAUAAUGAUGGACAACCAACAUAUGUCGUUUAUGGGCCACGGUACUAAUGACCACUUUAAGGCAGACAUACAUAACUUUGGCGUCAUUCUUCUUGAGCUGCUGACAGGAAAGGUGGCGGUGCCAGAAAAUGGUGGGCUUGACUUGGCUACGUGGGUUCAUUCAGUCGUUAGAGAAGAAUGGACUGUUGAAGUCUUUGAUAAGAGCCUACUCGAAGAAGGUGCGAGUGAAGAAAGGAUGGUGAACUUGCUCCAAGUUGCCCUCAAAUGCAUUAAUCCUUCACCAGAUGCUAGGCCAACCAUCAAAGAACUUGUUAGCAUGAUUGGCAACAUUAAAGAGGAAGACGACAGGUCCAUUGUCUCUGAAAUAUGAUCAAUGGAUAGUUACUAUCAUCAGAUGAAGAUUUGAGACAACAUUUUUCUUUAGAGGUUUUCUAGAUCCACUUGUACGUUCUCUCCACACGCAGCUCUAUGUAUGGAUGGAGACAUCUGAGCCGUGCAUAAGGUGGACUUGCCGUUGGCCAAAAUAUUGGGCCACCUCAUCAUUAGUUGGGCCACAUUUGUGUUGACAUGGGACCCUUUGGAAGUUCUCUCAAACCUUUUGUUGAAUGUGGACCUUUGGCAAGUUUUUUAAACUUUUUAAUGUUUUCACACGUGUGUUGUCUGCUUGAUGAGUGGGCCAGCCUGAUAUUUGUGCGAGAUAAGGGUCCACCUAAUCCAUGCCGUGAUGUCCAAACGUGCCACCAUCUAUAGAGGUGCUGUCAAGAGAGAUCGUUCAUGUGGGACAAGAAAACCUCUUUCCUAUAUUAUCUACUCCUGUAUUAUUGCUAGAUUUACUAGUUUGAGAGGAAGAAUUUUAUAUCUACUGUGAAAAUGGAAAAGUUAGUGUACAACUGGCUGAUGGUUUA